GGACUUACGACGCGAGGAUGAAGACCGCCGGUCCGAACGGCUCGAUUCGGAACAAGGAAGAGUACUCCCAUGGCGCCAAUGCUGGCUUGAAGAUCGCUCUUGAUUUCUGUGAGGAGGUGAAGUCCAAGUGUCCAAAGAUUACAUACGCAGAUCUAUACCAGCUAGCAGGAGUUGUUGCAGUAGAAGUCACUGGAGGUCCCACUGUCGACUUUGUUCCCGGAAGUAAGGAUUCAAAAGUUUCUCCAAACGAAGGAAGACUUCCAGAUGCUAAUCAAGGUAUUUUGUUGUGUCAACUUUCCCUUUGUUGUCUGGCCUCCCUUCAUUUCCCUCCAUCCCUCCCUCCAAAUAUUAUGGGCCACUGUGCUUCUUAUUGCUCCAGGCAAAACGUUAAAUAG